AUGAUGCCCACUCGGUUCGCCCGCGCCGGCCUGCGUGCCACCCAGCAGUUCUCCGUUCCUCGCACUGCCGCUGUCAACGGCCUGAGGACCUACGCUACCCCGGCCCAGGAGGUCAAGCCUCCUGUGUCUCUGUACGGUGUUGACGGAACCUAUGCUACUGCUCUGUUCACUGCCUCCGCCAAGUCCGCCAACCUUGAGCAGACCUCCAAGGCCCUCUCCGCUCUCGGCGAGGUCCUCAAGGCCGACCGCAAGUUGACCGGUCUCAUCUCCGCUCCCACCCUGACUGCCUCCGACAAGUCCCAGAUCGUCCAGGAGCUCCAGAAGCUCACCGGUGACAAGGGUGACAUUGUCAAGAACUUCCUUGAGACCCUCGCUGAGAACAACCGCCUGGGUCUGUUGGAGGGUGUCUGUGAGAAGUUUGCGACUCUGAUGGGUGCUCACCGUGGUGAGAUCGACCUGAACAUCACCAGCGCUCAGGAGCUUGACAAGAAGACCCUCAACCGUCUUGAGAAGGCCGUCUCCCAGUCCCACUUCAGCCAGGGCAAGAAGCUCAAGGUUGUCACCAAGGUCAACCCUGACCUCGUCGGUGGACUUGUUGUUGAGAUCGGUGACCGCACCAUCGACCUCAGCGUUUCCUCCAAGAUCGCCAAGCUGAACAAGGCCCUCACCGAUGCCCUGUAA